AUGCGAUCCCCGCAAACUAGCUUCCCAACGUCAUAACCAUUCAAGCCGAUACCCCAUGGGCAUACCCCCUCCUUAAGCCGCCGGAGGUUGGAAAUUCUGUAAGAAGGGGAAUAAGAAAGAGAAAAAGGUUUAAUAAUACCCUAUAACCGGAAGGAAUCCCGAAUUCCGAUCCAUAUAAGCGAGAAUUCGAGUUCUAGGGUUUCAUAAAGUAGAAGGAGAAGGUUUAAUGGCGUCGCUCGGGUCAUUGAAGUCCUCAAUCUUUGAUAGAGAGGAGAGGAAGAUGCAAUACCAAUCUCACAUUAGAGGGCUCAAUGCCUACGAUCGGCAUAAAAAGUUCAUGAACGACUAUGUUCAAUUUUACGGGAAUACAAAGGACGUGCAUAAUGAUAUGCCCAUCAAAACAGAUCAAGACACAAUUAGAGAAGGCUACAGGUUCUGGAGCUAAAUCAAAAUUGAGGAUUUUGCAUAGUUGCACCAUGCCAUGGAAGGAUGAUCUUUUCACCGAAGUUGAAGGAUGAGUAUUUCCCCCUCCAAUUGGGAGAGUAAUGCAAACUAAUAUUUAUUUAUUAUUUAUUCUUUUCAAAAAUAUGCAUGUUUGGAGUUCCAUCACUAUUAAUUCCAUUCAUGUACUAGCUGUUUGAUGUGUAAUAGAUACACAGAUGAAGGCAAAUUUGCAUUGAGCCUAGUCUACAUCACUUUGGGCUUGUUUUGCUAACCAAGCCCGAACAAAUGCUUGGGCUUGGUUCACAAGUCCAUCUAAGCACACACAUGGUAAGUUGAGCUUGCUUAACCCAUUCACACCCUUAAUAUUGCCAAACACAUUUGAAAUCAAAACUAUAUAUAAAUAAAAUCUAGAAAAACAAACAAGUUGAUGUCCAAAUAUUUUGGUUGAAUUUGCCUUAUAGGUGUUGUUAUGAUUUGUUUCAAUUAUCUCCAUAAAAAAUCAAAACAUUUUUUAAUGAAACUGUAAACUAUGUACCAAAUCAUUGGGAAUUGGCAAUUAAAUUGGAAAGUGGAUUACCUCCAAUGGUGGAUGAGGUUUAAGAAAAAAAGAUGGAUUGUUCAAGCAUCAGAUGGUGUUGGCUUUGAUUGAGUCAAUUUUUAGGGACAAAAAGGCAAAUAUUCAUGCCUAGGUACCUAUUUGAUGCCCAUUAAAAAUAAUGUUUAAGCAUUGAAGCUUUUCUAUAGGAGUACAACUCUUAAAGUUUUCUGUAACCUACCACCCUAUCAUUGCAACUCAAUUAAAGGGUUUGUUGUCAUUGCAAAUCUGAGAGAAGUUGAGUUGUUACUAAAGCUGAUGAUGAUGGCAAACAUGAGUCUCCUCUUAGACAAGGCUCACUGUGCUAGUACCGGGGCCCGAACUGCUCGGUCAGCAACAUGGUUCUGUACGUCCCUGUGCUAUUUCACACCGGGCCUGAACUAUUUCAUACCAGGCCUGAACUGACACAGUAGAGAGGGUGGAGGGAGAAUAGGAGAGCGGAAGAGAGAGAGAAAGAGGAGGGAAGGGGAGGGAGAGGGAGAGGCAGAGAGGGCCUCCGGAGUGUGCCAAGGCUGCUAGAGGGCUGCCGUGCUUGUUGGAGGGCCGGAGGAAGGGUUUUGCCCUCCUCCUAAUUGAACUAAGGGCUUCCGCUCCUGUUUCGUUUUUUAUUUUGUUGAUUUCGGAUGAUGUCAGUAACACCAUUGUCAACUUCAUUUAAGAGGAGAGCGGAGUCCCUCCUUCAGCCCUCUAGCAGGCUUGGCAGCCCUCCAAUGGCCUCAGUGGUCUCUGGGGGCCCUUUCACCUUCUUCCUCUCCGUCCCUCUCCCCCUCUUUUUCUCUUUUACUCUCUUUCCUUCUCCCUCUUUUGCCGGCAUAGCUCGGUAUGCCUCAAACUGGGCGGUUCAGGGUAGUUCGGCAAUCAUUGCUCUCUGAUCAUUUUCAAAGAUGUUUAACUAGCCUUUAAGGGGGCAACCUUAGAUGUUGCAUGAUGUGUUGCACUUUCAACUUUGGUUAUUCUAUCCGGUCAUGUUUGUAGCUGAUUUUUAAGCAAUGCAGUAUGAGAUCUUCACUUUUCAUGAAUGAAAUUUGUAGUUCUUAAUAGAACAAAUAUGAAGUACCUAUGAUCUCUACAUCAUAAUACUUGGGUGUGUUUGAUUGGAAGUGGCAUACCUGAACUGGAAUUCUGCCUGUCAUUACUGUGCAAGUUUUGUUCAUUGAAGGUGGGGGCCAGUUUGGAUUCCAAAUUCUAUUUCUCCAUAAUGGUGCCUCUUGACCUCAUUAGGAGUGAGCCAAAAUCAAGUUCUAGGAGGUUCAUUAUUUCUGAAGAAGAUGACAUGGACUCCACUUGGGAGAAGAGGCUGGUAAAGCGUUACUAUGACAAGCUCUUUAAGGAAUAUUGCAUUGCUGACAUGUCACAGUACAAAAUGGGCCAGAUUGGCCUAAGAUGGAGAACAGAAAAGGAAGUCAUAUCUGGGAAAGGACAGUUCAUCUGUGGUAACAGGGCAUGCAACGAAAACAAAUCCUUGGGAAGUUAUGAGGUGAAUUUUUCUUACACGGAAGCAGGAGAAAGUAAACAGGCUCUUGUGAAAUUGGUAGCUUGCAAGAGAUGUGCAGAAAAACUCACGUAUAAGAGGAACAAAGAGAAGGAGCACUCCCAAGUUAGAGAGAAAGACAAGUACAAAAGAAAGAGAGAAAGAAGCAGAGAUGGUGAUAGCACAGAUGAUGAAUAUGACAAGAGUACUAACAGAAGCAAAAAGGUCAAAAGACUUCAUCUUCAGCAAAUGAUGGGAGGACUGAUGAAGAUAAUUUUGAGGAGUUUCUUGAGGGAAUGUUCCCGUGAUUGGGUCAAUCUACUGUCCCAGAAGAAGAGUAGCUUGUACCAUAUCCUCAACAUUUAAAAUUCUGAUUUUAACUAAUCAAGGAGUGUUGCUUAUAUACUCUGGUAAGCGUUGAAUGAUAGCCCGAGCGUUGAAUCUUUUCUAAUUUGUUGUAAAUUUGGGGGCAGCAAUGUUACUUACAGUUUUAGCAUGUCUUAGUGGGGUCUGUGCUAUUUGCCUUUGAUUAUGAAAAAAGAAAAGUGAGAAUGAGGUUAGCUUCAUUUGGAAUUUCAGGGAGCAAAUAGUUUACAAAUGAAAAAGAAAUGUGAAAAUUAUGGAAAUAACGUUACAAUACUCAUUAUCUAUUCAAACAUGUGAUAUCAUCAAA